UAUUUCUAACACGCGCGCAAAGAUAUUCAUUCCCUUUCAGCUCUCUCAAACAGUUAUCUUCGAAAGAACCGUCCAGCCGAUUGCAAGAAAUCUCUAAGAUCUGACCUUUUCUCCUUCAUUUCCGUCCGCCGCUUUCGAGAAUGGACACUUCCAUCUAUGAUAUAGUAAUUCUUGGAGCAUCAGGAUUUACAGGCAAAUAUGUAAUCAGAGAAGCACUCAAAUUCCUCAACUCCCCCAAUUCCCCUCUCAAAACUCUAGCCAUAGCCGGCCGCAGUCCGUCCAAGCUAUCCCAAGCUCUUGCAUGGGCCGCCAGCCCCAAUCAACCGCCGACCAUCCCCAUUCUCUCCGCAGAUGUCUCCGACGUUGCCUCCCUUCGACGAAUUGCUUCCCAGGCCAGGAUCAUCCUUGAUUGCGUCGGCCCUUUUCGCCUUUACGGCGAACCCGUUGUAGCUGCCUGCGUCGAAGCCGGUUGUGAUUACCUUGAUAUAUCUGGAGAACCGGAGUUUAUGGAGAAGAUGGAGACUUUAUAUCACGAUAAAGCGGCGGAAAAGGGAUCUUUGGUGGUUUCGGCAUGUGGGUUCGAUUCGGUUCCUGCGGAAUUGGGAUUUUUAUUCAAUUCGAGGCAGUGGGUUUCGCCAGCGGCGCCCAAUCGGGUGGAGGCGUAUCUGAGUCUGGAGUCUAGUAAGAGGAUUGUUGGUAACUUUGGUACCUAUGAAUCGGCUGUUCUUGGAGUGGCUAACGCUGAUAAACUGCAAGCGUUGAGGCGAUCACGGCCAAGAAAACCUAGGCCCGCUAUUCCUGGCCCCCUCCCUUCCAAAGGAUCGAUAAUUGAACACGCAAAGAAGUUGGGCCUUUGGGGUCUUAAGCUACCGUCAGCAGAUUCUAUCGUAGUUCGAAGGACAUUAACAACCCUUCUUGAAAAUCCACAUGGUCUUCAAGGGAUUGCCGAGAGUAAUGAGCAGAUUAAAAACAGAGAAGCAUUCUGGUCAACUGUAAAACCAGCUCACUUUGGUGUGAAGUUAGGUACCAAGUACUUGUUAGGUGUAUUUCCUUUUAUAAUCUUUGGGAUUUUCUUGGGCCUCUUUGCAAAGUUUUCACUAGGAAGGAAGCUUCUUUUGGCAUAUCCUUCUGUUUUCAGUCUAGGGGGGUUUAAGAAAGAAGGUCCUAGUGAAGAACAAGUGGCUAGUGCUUCCUUCAAAAUGUGGUUCGUUGGGCAUGGUUUUAGCAAUAGCAAUGUCUUUCCACAGCAAAGUGCAAAACCCGAUAUGGAAAUAGUAACUAGAGUAAUGGGUCCAGAAAUUGGUUAUUUAACUACUCCGAUAAUUCUGGUUCAAUGUGCUCUUGUUGUAUUAAGCCAACGCGAUGCUUUGCCUAAGGGAGGUGUUUAUACUCCUGGGAUUGUGUUUGGGCCAACUGAUCUUCAGAAAAGGCUUCAAGAAAAUGGGAUAUCUUUUGAUACUAUCUCAAAGGGUCCAUUGCUUGGCUGAAUCUAACUUGUGUGGUGAACUAGUUGUAGUAGCAAGACCAGCUUUGUUUUAAUGUACUUGUGUGUGUGAACUUUGUUUCUUACAUUUUGUCUUUAUAUUGUAAGGAGUUGGAACUUGAAAGUUAAUUUCUUACUUACA